AUGGAGAAGUUACUAACAACAUGUGAUGGAAAUACCACUUUAAAAAUAGUUAAGAAAAAGGAAAAAGAUUCCCCUGGAAAGCAAUUUCAGUGGAAGCCAAAAACUGAAACAAGUGAAGAUAAGGAAUCAGAUAAAUGCUCAACGAAUACUUCUUAUUUGGAUGAACUGGAGAAGCAUCGAUUUUCAGUUUGCUGCCCAGCCGGGCAUCAGGGUGAGGGUGCUGGCAGGAUAUCUAAACAUGCAACAUUCGUAAUAUGGGCUGUGUUUUCUGAGCUGGACAUGGGGCAGUGGCGAUCACAUGAUUUCUGGUCAAUUAUGCUCAUGAUGGCCUUGAUGUGGUUUAUAAGGCUUUAUCUACAUUAUUGCACUCAGUGGCUUUUCCUUCAGGCUAUUUCCAUUCCCGUUUUCACGUUUACAUUUUACCCUCAUACCGUUGAGCUGACCUAUCAGCAUUCUUUAAUGCAUACAAGAGAAGAGUUGUUUAUGGUCGUGGUGGGACCUAUGUCCUUAAAUGUGUCAAUGCUCCUAAUGAUUCUUCUAAGAUGGAGCUGUCAAAUAUUGUUUCGCUCAUUCCCCACUAUCUUGUCAAAAUUUAUCAUUGCUCUGGGUCUCUGGACUGUGCUAGACCCUUUGGCUGUGUUUAUAGUGGAUUCAUUCCUUGGGAGACUUUCUUACAGUGUAGAGAAGCCCAUAGCAGAUGCAGCAAAACUCUACUGGUUGUUUAUUCGAAUAGAGCGGUCUGGUACUCCUGGCAUUCUCAUCACUUUGCUGAUAUAUACAAUGAUUUUUAUCAUAUCUUCAUCUGUGCUUUACCUUUAUUUGCUGAGGAUACACAAGGAAAGUUGGAUACUGGAUGUAUUUCAGCGCAUUACUUGUGAUGAAGAAGUCUGCCAUGUUCCUUAUGAUCUGGAGAUCUCUAAUCAAGAAUUAAGCCAUAUUGUACGAAAGGCUGAACAAUGGCGAGGUAUCAAUGGAGAGAGAAGAAAGGUCGCAGUAUAUGACUACAUCUGGAAAAAAGAAACUACUAGUAAAACAUUGUCAACCUCAACCAUCCAGUAUCUGGAACAAUACAGUUCAAAGGGUGAUGAAGACAGCUCAAAAGACAUAACUACUCAUGUCAUGAUUUAUACCAUUCAUUUAAAAGGCUUUCAAAACCUUUAUCGUCAGUUCCUUCGUUUACCGGAUGGCGCCAUUGUAGAGUACCAGCAAGUUAAUUUUGAUAAGAAAACUGAAAAGACACAAGCUCUACCUUUGCACAAAAAGUUUAAUCUUUUCUGGACAAAUGCAAAGCCUAAUGAUGUUGUAAGAGAAAUCCUGGUGUUGUAG